GCUGGUCUCAUCAGUUCGGCCAUCGCUUCCGACAGCCGAGGAACACACUCAACGGAGCUCUCUUAUAAUAUAUACACUCGUCUGUCUCUCUGUUCCAGUACGAUUCAACAGCAACCCUAUCUCUAUCUCGUAUACUCGUUACAUCGUUUGACUCAUUCCAUCUUCAGAUCUUAACCAGCACUCACGGCUGCCAAAUCUAUUUGGUUGACACUACACAGUUAUUCAUUCGUUUGGUUUUUGGGUUUGGGUUUUGGUUUUUUUUGCGCGCGUGUGUGUGUUUGUGUGUGCGUGUAACUCUUUUUUCAAAUCUGUGGUGACUUGAUCUUAUUAGUGACUCGCCAUUCGUCGUAGUGAUCAUAUUUUGGUUUGAAAUUGUAUGCGAAUUUUGAAUCGUUCGUCUGAGUUCGUCGUCCGCCAUGGAGAUGAACGCGGUCGAUCAGCGUUCGUGGUACGAAUUGGCCGCUUCGCAAUCCCGCCACCACCAGCAGGACGGUGGGCCCAACGGAGGCGGAAGUCUGCAACAACAACAGCAACAGGAACAGCAGGAAGUGCAGGAUAUGUUUUUCCCUGUCGGUCUGGAUUCGACCGGAGCGGCCGCCUCGUCCAGUGCUAACAACGGCUCGCCGCAGCAGCGCGCACGCCAGCAAUAUUACCAGCAAGUCCAUCAUCACGCCGCUCAGAUGCAUUCGGCUUACAACACGGCCGCUGCCGCUUCUCACGCCGCCCGGAUGUCGAGCAGCCAGAUGUGCCGGCCACACUUUGGCGUGCCGGUGCCGACCCUGCCGUGGCUGACGCCACACCCGACGCAGGCCGACGCCAAGUCGAUGAUGGCGCCACACCAUGCGCAUCACGCCCAUCAUCAUCACCACCAUCCAGCGCACCAUCCGUCGGCUUGGUCUCCUUUCGCCGCCAGCGCCGUGGCCGCUCAGGCCGCGCAGCAACAAGCGUCAGCCACCGGUGGAUCGUCGUCGUCAUCGUCCAGCGCAAAAGCCACUCAUCCGCAUUCUAGUCCACACUUGCUGACCUUCCCGCCCACUCCGCCGGAGGAUGCGGCCACGGAAUCGGCCGCGGCAGCCGCUGCGGCCGCUGCGGCCGCCACCGCCGCCGCCAACCAGGAAUUCCAGCACCAGCAACAGCAGCAGCAGCAGCAACAGCAGCAACAACAACAACAACAGCAACAACAAGAGCGAAAUAAUCUGUCCGGAGCUGUGGCCAUGGACUUGGCCGGCGGGUCGUCCAGUCCAGUCGACAACAAGUCCUCAUUGUCCAGCUCCUUUUCGUGUUUCUCUUCGCCGAGUGACUUGAAAAUGAUGAGCGGAUUCAAUCACUCGAGCGCGGCCAACGGCGAGAAUCACAAAUCGAACGCUUCCGGGGGCCAGCACGGAAGCGGUGGCAGCGGCAGCGCCAACGCCAGCAGCGUUUCUGGACUGAUGUUCGCCGCGGCUGGAUUCGCCGCUGGAUCUUCCUUUCCGGCGUGUUCGGUGGCCGGAAAGCCCCGCGAAGGUAGCCACAGUCCGGUCAAUAAUAACGGCAAUGCAUUCGCAAUCCCGGCGUCUGUUUCCCCAGCUUCAUCCACCUCAUCCGCAUCCUCUUCUUCCUGUUCCACCCCCGCCUUGCCCACCUCUUCGGCCUACGGUAGUUUGCCGCCGGCGCUGACUCCGCACCAAUCGGCAGGAGGUCAGCAACAGAAUUCCGGCGGCGCUAGCGCCAGUUCGUACUCGUACGGCGGAUCGACACCGACGGCGGCCGACUACUCGGCCGCCGCGGUGGCCGCUUACGGCGCCGCCGGAUUCCAUUCGGCCGUCCAUCAUCAUUCGCAUGCACAUCAUCAGCAGUCGGGCUCCAUGUUCAGCGCCAAAUCGCUCCACCACCACCACCACCAGUCGGCCCGUCCGCGAACCAAAACGCGUUCAUCCGCCGAGGGUCGCGAAUGUGUCAACUGCGGCGCAACGUCGACGCCGCUGUGGAGGAGGGACGGCACGGGCCAUUACUUGUGCAACGCUUGCGGUCUUUACUACAAGAUGAACGGGCAAAAUCGACCCCUCAUCAAGCCCAAGCGCAGACUGGUAAGUUCGGCGGCGAGAAGAGCGGGCACGACAUGCGCCAACUGCAAGACGACAAUGACGACAUUAUGGCGACGUAAUCACAACGGAGAGCCGGUCUGCAACGCUUGCGGACUCUACUACAAACUGCACAACGUGAACCGCCCGUUGACGAUGAAGAAAGAAGGCAUCCAAACGCGCAACCGCAAACUGUCUUCGAAAUCGAAGAAGAAGAAGGGCUCCAUGUCGUCGUCGGCUUCCGCUUCGGCCGGAUGUCACCUGGGCAGUUUCCAAGACGUCAUGUCAAUGGGAGCGGGUAGCGCACUGGACAAGGCGGCCGCAGCGGCUGCGGCUGCUGCGGCAGCCGGAUUCCCGAGUUUCGCGGCGGCGGCGGCCGUGGCCUCAGCAGCCGGCGCUUCUUCCGCCAUGUCGCACUACGCCGUUUACGCCGGCAACGGCCAGAUGCACCACUCUGCCCACCACCACCCUCAUCACGCCGGUCUGAACCAUUCGGCGGCCGCGCAGAUGGGCGGCUUCCAUCACCAUGGCAGCCCGUCGGGACCGCCUCCGGGAUCCAUGGCCAUCCACCACUCGAUGGGCGGUAUCUCCUCCUCCGCCCUCGGCUUGGGUUCUACCUUUAAUUCAAUGGCUUCCUGGCGGACGGAUUUCAGCACUUAAACAAUGAGGCAACGAUGAAUCGAGGAAUCCAGUAAGGGACGAACGUCGCCACACAAAAACUCCACCGUUCUCUCCUCUUUUUUUUUUUUUUCUUCUUCUUUUCAAUCGAAAAUAAUUCGCACACAUACCAUUACAAUGUUUACUUUGUUCCACUUAUAUACACAACUAUUACACCGGAUUCAUCACGACACACACUCGUCCUUUUCUAUAUAUAUACAUACAAAAAUAAUAAUAAUUUUAGAGUAAUAACAAUGAGCAUUAUCGAUUUAUGAUGUCCUCUUUCCAACCGCCCCCCCUCCUUCCCGUGCUAUAUAGACAUGUGUAUUAUACAAUUUUUUUUUUUUCAAUUAGUCGGGAAAACAAAACAAACAAAAAAAAUAAAUAGUGGAAAAGAUAAAUGAAUGAAGCCAUAUAUUAUUAGUGUUUGGCUAUGUUAAAAAUAAAAAGGGAAAGAAAAACGUAUACAUGUAAAAGCAUAUAGAGACAAAAAUAGUUUGUAAACAAAAAGAAGAAAUCAAAUUCGAAUGAUCAGCUGUUUCAAUACAUAUUCGAAAAUGACGUCGGAUCUUUUUAGUUCACAAACGAAAAAAACAUAAAAGACAUUUUUCUUUUUGUUUUGAAAAGAAAAAAACAAAAUUUAAUGUACGGCCUGUAAUUUCCUCAUCUUCAUUUUUGUUUUGUUUGAGCCUAUACUCUUCAUUUGCAUCUCUUCCAAAAGAUUGAUUUGUUUAUUUUACUUUUGUUUUCAUUUUAUUUGCUUAAUUUUUUUUUUUGCUUUCCAUAUGCAUCCUCUUUUCCCACCCCCCUUCACACAUAUAUUACGAUAUAUUCCAUUUGUAUACGUUAUACCAAGGAACUAUAGCAGCAUCCUCCCGAGAACUGCCGUGUACGCCCCCCCCCUCUCUUUCCCUUAUACCCAUCACUAUACUAUAUAAUUAUUAUUAUUAAAUGAAUAAAGCCCACGUGCUGUGUAUGGAUGUAUCUCUGUGUGUACGAGUGUGCAUAUGUGCGUGUAAUAUAAACGUCAAGAGCUUA